AUUUUGUCAGAGAAAAACCCCCAACGUUGGGCACGUUAACCUAACCCUAUCCGAAUAAAAUUCCGGAACCUCCAGCAAUUCGUCGCACCUCCAUCCGGCCCGGAGCAAUGGCGAGGGCUCGCGCCGCCGUCAUCCCCGUCGCUGCUCCUUCUAGAACCUUCAGCGUCUCCCUCGCGGCCUACCCCUCCUCCCCCUCAUCCUCGCACCCGUCUCGUCCGGUGGCCUCUUCCGGUGUGUCCUGCAGCCAGCGGCGUCUCCCCGCUGCCGCCGCUCGCAGCCACCCGCCGCCGAGCGCCUCCUCUAGGUUGUACGUGAGCGGUCUCUCGUUCCGUACAACCGAGGAGAGCCUACGGAAUGCGUUCGAGAGGUUCGGUCAGCUCACUGAAGUUAAUCUUGUGAUGGACAGAGUUGCGAAGCGGCCGAGAGGCUUUGCAUUCUUGUCUUAUACCAGUGAGGAGGAAUCCAAGAACGCCAUGGAAGGGAUGCAUGGCAAGUUCCUGGAUGGGAGGGUGAUCUUUGUUGAGUUUGCAAAGCAAAGGUCUGACGUCUGAGCUCUGAAGUAACCAGGUGCCAAACGUUUUCCAAUUACUGAAUUCACUUUGGGCUGAAUGGGUUACUGUAGUACCUAACACUUGAAAACAAACCUGGGAAGUCAUUCCUUGUCACAGCUAUGAAUUUCCUGUGAUAUCAGGAAAACGUUUCAUUUAAUUUUUGAAUGUGUACAUUUCCUUAUGAAUUGUUAAUAUCAGCCCUUGGGUAUUCCGGGCUUAUACUCUGUCCCCCAUGAGUCCUUACAUCCCAUCCUAUAACGGAUGAUCCUGAUUUUUCAAUUCUUUGUGAUGUAAAUGAUGAUGCAUUAUUUGGUACAUUCAGCGGUGGUUUCACUUGACAUGUUGAUACCUCUAGUCAAGCGCAACAUACUUUGUCUGAAUUUUAAUUGUGUAUCUGCCAAUACAAGCAAUAAAAGCAAGCAAGUGCCUUUUUUGGUGCUAGGAUACCAAUCGUCAUAACAUUUAUUACUUCAUUGGAGAAUUUCGUAGAACAGCUGUGCAAAUGAUGCAGUGAUAACAUAUUGAGUAGCAUGUAAAAAUUUGAAAAGACGUGUCGUGUGUUCAUUAUUUGGUAAAUGAUGAUACAGUGAUAACAUAUGAGUUACAUACAGAAAUUUGAAAAGAUGUGUCGUAUGUCCUAUUCAGAAAUAAUACAUGACGCCAUGUAACUAUUAGGAAUCAGCCGAGCUACCAAUGUAGCAUAUGGCCAUCUACAAGAACUGUAGCAUAGCUAGUAAA